ACAAAUUUACAUAAUUCAUCUCUUCCGUCCGUUAGGUUUAUGGUUUCACAUAUAAAUUUCUCAUUCUUUUCUUAUUAUUUCCUCAUCAGAAUCACAGACAGUUAGGGAUUGAUUUCUACAGCUAACUCCUCACCAAGGAAGUAGAGUGUCUCUUGAACUCAACAAGCAAAGAUGUCUGGUGAAGAGGUAGCUGUUGCAGCAGAGGCACCUGCUUCCAUUCCCGGGGAGCCCAUGGACAUCAUGACUGCUUUACAGCUUGUGCUGAGAAAAUCUCUGGCUUACGGUGGUCUUGCAAGAGGUCUUCAUGAAAGUGCCAAGAUCAUUGAGAAGCAUGCUGCACAGCUCUGCGUUUUAGCAGAAGAUUGUGACCAACCUGAUUAUGUGAAACUGGUGAAGGCCCUUUGCGCCGAGCACAAUGUUAGCCUUUUGACAGUUCCAAGUGCUAAGACCCUUGGGGAAUGGGCUGGUUUGUGUAAGAUUGAUUCAGAGGGAAAGGUAACUGGUUGCUCAUGUGUGGUUGUUAAGGAUUUUGGGGAGGAACAUGAAGCCUAUAAUGUUGUUCUGCAGCACGUGAAAGCUAACUAAGUUAAAUGCCUAGAUUUGUGGGUCUCAGUCAGGUUUUAUUUUAUUAGUCUUUAAGGAAUAUUUUUGCCUCUGUAGUAUCUGCAUAGGUAUUUUGAUGAUUAACAAUCGUACCCAUUGUCACUGAGUGAAUGAUUUUUUAUUACUAUUGAUUUUCAGUUUUUUUUAGA